AUGGCUGGUCCCGGUGGAGGCCCUUCAAGGCGCAGCCAUACCAAGUCCCGAAAGGGCUGCAAGACGUGCAAGAGGCGGCAUAUUCGCUGCGAUGAAACAUUCCCGCAAUGCCGCAACUGCACCAAGCACCAGGUUCGCUGCGACUACAUGGACAGUCCAACUGCCAUGAUGCCAGAGUCUCCCCAGUCUCCUCAGCAGCCCAAUCUGCUCUGGACGCCCGAGAUCGAGGCCACCAUCGAACUCUGGAGACAGACGGGAGAGUUCCCUUUCCCCGAGCUCCGAGUAUACCCACAGCCGCAAUGGCGCGCCUUGACGACGGUUGACCUCCGUCUGGUGCACCAUCUUGCCUCUAUCUCGAAUGAGAUGUUCAGAAAUAGGACUUCGAAAUCGACCCUCUGGACCGACAUGAUGCCCAAAUUCUUGAGCAUAGCCGCAACCCAUCCAUUCGUUAUGCACAGCAUCCUCGCCUUCUCUGCCUCGCACUUGGCCUGGAUCUCUCAAUCAACCGAAACCCGAAACCUCGCAUUCCAUCACGCAAGUCUUGCUCUCAAGGGCUUGCACGACGGCAUCACCAACUUUACUAAGCACAACUCGGAUGCUGUACUUGCGGCGUCUCUUCUGCUCGCAUGGCAGGCGACAGACUGGCGAGGUUGGGCUUCUCUAGUUACAGGCACAAAGACUGUGAUUCAAUCCAUGCAACCCUGGAGACAUGAGUCUCUGUUCGCCGACUACAUCGCAGAGCACACGCCUAUGCCAAACCGACACUUUAUGAACCCGAUCAGUACCCCGAUAUCGCCAGAAGCACGAAGAGAGCACAUGAACGCCCUGGUCGACAUCCACGCCUCCCUCCAACGACUACAGCCCUACCUCACUCGCAACGAACAGGAAUCGAAAUGGGUGGACCAACUCAAGGGCUACCUCGACCGCCUGCGAUCGUCUAACCAGCCGCAAAGCCCGGAGGAACAGUUUAACCAACUCUACGCAUUACGGAAGUGGCUGUUCUGGGUUCCCAUUUCACUUCUAGCUGCGAAGCGUGGAGACGUCAACGUCCUGGUUGUUCUGGCUCAUUUCUACGCUACUGCGCUAGCCUUGGAGCCAAUGUUCCCGGAUGUUGCUUCUGUCUUUGUCGCGGACCUUUCCCUGCGCCCAUUGGAGGAAAUAAACCAGCUGGUCCAGAGUUUCCAAGACCCUCGAUACGAUGCGCGCAUGCAGACCAUGUCCUAUCUGGUGCAAUUUCCUAUCGACAUGGUCUCGUCUUAUAAGACCCGGCGAGAAUGGUCUAGACAACAGAUGACAUCUAUUUCGCCGAUGCAGCAGCAGUCGGCCUACGCACUGGAGAGCAUCAACCUGGACCUGGAAAACCACAUUGCACAAUACAGCUACGGCCAGAGCCUGUCUCCCGCCUUUGCGCCAUCACCGCUCACGUUCCUUCCCCAUGGCAUGGCUUCUGCACCGACGUCACCGUACCUCGAAGUCCCGCGAUCUGGCACCGUCGACACGUAUGGCACAGCUAGCAGCUACGCAUCGUCGAGCAGCUAUGCGUCUCCGCUGGGGUCGCCUGCCGCGCUGCUGCCGCCAUACUCGGCCCCACAAGAGCAUGCAUUCGCAUUCGGAAUGCAAUCUGGUUAUCCCAGCGGGUUCGUGGCUACACCUAUCUGGACGUGA